CGGACGUUGUAGUCUCUGCUGUAAACAGCGACGCUCUUACGCCCGUAUAUAAACCUGUUUGUGGUGAGGCGCGCUCAGUACAAGUUGUCACCUGACGAGGGGUAGAAAUCGUCCUGAGGAGCUUCAGCAGGCAUGGCAGACAAAACGGCUUUGGUGCUGCUGGCAGAAGGAGCCGAGGAGAUGGAGCUGGUCAUCUCAAUUGACGUCAUGCGACGCGCAGGGAUCCGCGUGAUGGUGGCUGGCGUGGCCGGCGCCUCCCCCGUGCGCUGCCGGCGAGACACGCAGGUGGUGCCAGACGUCAGCCUAGUGGAGGCCAUGACCCACGGCACCUACGACGCCGUCGUGCUGCCCGGCGGCAUCCCGGGCGCCAAGAACCUGGCUGCGUCACCUGAAGUUGGAUCGCUGUUAAGAGAACAAGAAAGAGCUGGCCGUUUCGUAUGCGCUAUUUGUGCAGCGCCUACAGUUCUCAAGGCACACGGUGUUGGCUACGGCAAAAACAUCACCUCUUUUCCGCCACUUAAGGACGCCAUGGUGGACGGCAACAAGUACAACUACAAGGAAGACAAAGUAGUCGUGGACGGAAAGCUCAUUACGAGCCGUGGACCGGGCACGGCGUUCGACUUCGCGCUGCGGAUCGUGGAAGAGAUGGUGGACAAGGAGACGGCGCUCACGGUGGCCAAGGCGAUGCUGUUGGCGUGAUGGGGCCACACCUCCUGUACUCAGCGACCACGCCGAAAUACGAGGACACACACUUUGGCCUCCCUCAUGUUUGAAAAUACAGUGAUACUUCAUCUCUUCAUAUGCAUAAGAGGUCAUAGUAGUUUCGGCGUGGUAGGCAAUUUAAUGGUAAUAGAACUUGUAGAUAACGUUGAGAACGAGCUACCAAAUUGAAGAACUGGCUGUAAACAACGAUUAAGGACAAUCUGGAA